CAAAUAUUUUUAGCGUGAUGUACGUAGAUAAUGAAUAUAAUAAAUAAUUAUGAAUUCUUUGAAAAAAGAAAAUGUAAUAUUUAAACUAAAAUUAUUAUAUGAGAGAUCUCUAUGACUGUCUUGUGUCUAAUAUGACUGAAUUCGCCGAAGAAAAUAUAGUUUUAGAAGGUUUCUUAUGCCCCAUAUGCAAAGUAGACUUUGGUUUAGAUCUUAAGUUAUUUUUACAUUUUCAAGAAGCUCAUGGUGAAGAUCAAGACUUGGUCAAAUCGUUUAAAGGUAUUAUAUAUAAAAAUAAAUACAUUUCUAAGUACUUAUACAAAAUUGUAUUGAAAAAUAAUUAAAUUUAUUUACUAGAAUUAUUUGGUAAAGCAAAAGAAAAAAUUUUAAAUAAUGAUAUUGUGAAAAAAGAAGAACGACGCUAUGUCUGGGAACCACAAGAAAUAGGUUUGUUAUAUUUUAAGUAAUUCGUUUUUAUAUUUAUGUUAUUAUUUUUUUUUAGGAGAAGUCAAAUCUCAUAUUCAGCACUUUAAGAACUGUCGUAAUAAAUGGGUGGAACAUUUUGUAAUGGAAACUAAUAAAACGGUCAUACGGCUUGAAAAAUUACUGUGCAACCUACCUCAGGACCCUAAUAAACGAAAAGGUAGGAAAGAUGUUCAAUUUGAUAUGAGGGACAAGGGGACUUGGCAUCUUCACUAGUUUUUAUGAAAAAAAUAAAAAUGUGUCUCUAUACUAUUAUAUUUUUUAAGGUACAUACUACUUACACAUUUUUAAGUAAACUGAAUUCAAUAUAGGUACUAGUGAUAAUUUUUCUUUGUCAUCGUAAAAUUUUUUUUUGUUCUCAAUAAUUUAAGCACUAGAUAUUUAUUUAAAUAUUUAUUGAUUUGCUGACGUCAUAAUGAAAUAAUAACCUAGUAAUAUUUAUGUCCCAUUUAAUUUAAAGCACAUGAAAAAACUAUAGUACAAUGGUUGGAUGGUACAGAUGUAAAACGUUGUCCAGAUUGCACCAAGUCGUUUAAUAUCACCAGGCGACAACAUCAUUGCAGAUUGUGUGGUUCUAUUGUGUGUCAUGAAUGCAGCUGUUUUUUACCACUAUCUAAAGCAUGUUUGUGUAUACAUAUAUAUAUAUAUUUUUUUUUUUUUUGACAAAUAUUAACUAGCUGUUAUUUGUUUUAGUUAUUUUUAAAUUAUAAUUUUAUUUUGAUAGACGAAACAAUAAAUGAAACUAUUCAAAAUCCUAUGGAUUUUGCAAGUCAGAGUUUACCAAGUUUCCGUUUAUGUAUUCAUUGUGGACAAGUCUUAGAAAAUCGGGAGCAAAUCAAAUACCGUGACCAAAAACCACCUAUGUGUGAUUAUUACGAUAAAAUCAUGGAAUGUAAAAAUAAAAUUGAAAAUGACCUGUUAAUUAAAUUUAACCAAGUGUAUAAUUUACUCAAGUAUAAUAUUUAACAUAAGAUAAUCAAUUAUAUAAUGAUCAUUAUUUUUUUUAUUUUUUUUAGAGAAGGAGAAUUAUCUUAUUUGUUCGAAGCUAAUAAAAUUAGAAGUGAUAUUGUAAAAUUGAUUGAAACAAUAGAUGCUCUUAGGUAAUUAAAAUGUGUAAUAUAUUUUAUUGUAAAUUCUAAAAUCUAAAAAAAUAAUCAAACUUUUCACCAACUUAGAUUUUUCUAAUUGUUUUAUAACAAUGUGACAUAAAAUAGUUAAUCAUAAACGGGGUUUGUAAUUCGUAACUCUAAAAAGCACAAUGUUAUGCUCUUAAAAAUAUUUAUAUAAACACUUAAAUACUCAUUUGCCGUUAAAAUAUCCCUAAACAGAAGCAAAAUAAGCAUCAAAACUCGGUAAUAUACAUAUGUGUACAGAAAUUUUAAAUUUGACUUCUUGGUUAUCUGAAAAAAAUAUAUAGCUUACUUAGAUGUAUUAUUACUAGAUAUUAUAUUUUCUAACCAAAUCAAAUUGGGAUGUUCAGUUCAAUAAUCUAACUGAUAAUUGCAAAUAAUCAAACCGAACUAAAUACCCAAUAAUUUGAUGCCGAUUCUGUGCAGUCACCAAUAUGAUGUUCUGUGAAAAAAAAUCUUAUUUUCUCGUAUAAGUGGGUCUCAUAUAUCAUUGCACUUUAUUUUUUAAAUUUUAUAUAAAUAUAAAACUUCUUCCAUCAAAUCACAGCAUGACCUUAUUACUUUUUAGUGUUCAAAUUCAAGUUAUAAUAUUUUAAAAGUUUGGUUUGGUUAGGGUUCAAUUAAAAAUGUGUAAGUUUAGUUCAGUCAGGUUCAUUAAUUAUUAAGAAAAUUUUAGUUUGACCUUAAAAAUCAGGGUUUGUAACAAUACUAAUUAUUACCCAUCAAAACAAAAUAUUUACAAAUGCCCAAAGUUAGGCAGUCAAUUUAUUUUAAGAAUUGUUAGUAAUUUUUUUUAUUCACACUAAUGUUUUAUUUCAAUUUGUUUAAUUCAAAACAAUCAUGAGUAAAUUAUUUAAAUUGUAUUGAUCUAGAACCUAAAAAUUAUUGUUCAGUAACAGGAUAUUGAAAAUGGAAAAUAAUUCAAAUUCAUCAAAGACUACUUCCAAAAAUAUUAAAUUGGCUAUGAUUCAUUAUGUUCGAUCAACAGUACUUGCAAUACCCGCUCUUCCUUCUCACCAGGAAAUUGAAGAAAUUGCCAAAAGAAAACGGUAUAAUAUCAUAAAAUAAAUUUAUCAUAUCUGUUUAUUAUAUUUAACAAUAUAUUAUUAUAUAUUAUAAUCCUAAAUUACUUAAUACUUAAUUUUUAGUGAAGCAUUAGAUGCUCGCCUUCGCAAUGGUCAAGACUUGUGUAUGGAUAAAAAUAAUCUAUCAGUUAAAAAUAAACAAAAUAGAACAUCAAAAAAUGUAAUAUAUUAGUAGUAUGUGAAGUAACAUUUUACAAUAUCUGUAUUUUAUAUUUAUUAUUAUUUAAAUAGGGAGCAAUUUUAAAACUUGAAGAUGGAUGGAGUCCUGUGACUAAUGCUAAUGUAAAUUCUGAUAAUCCCAUGGUGGAGCAGAUGAACAUAAUAAAAAAUUAUAUCAAACAAGCUAAGGAAGCACACCGAUUUGAUGAAGUCGCAAGUUUGGAAAGGAAUUUACAGGAGUUGAACGAAGAGUAUUUCAAAAUGCAAAACAAUAGUGACAAUACAUCAGACUAUUGAACAACAAAUUAUUAAUAUAACAUUCUAGUCCAAUAAAAAUAGUAAAUUUAAUUAUUAUCACAAAAAAAAUAAAUUACAAAAUAUAAUUACUAUUUGAUUACACUUACAUAUAUCUAUAUAUCACAAAAAUUGAAUAAAUGUCAUUGUUUUUUCUUGAUAUUUCAUUUUUAUACAUUGAUGAGAUUAUGAUAAAUAUAGAAGUAAUUAUAAAUAUAUACUACUAUCAGACAGGAAAAAUAAGUCACUAAGGCAAUCUUAUGUAUGUAAAAUAUCAAAUAUAUAUAUAUUUAUACGGUUUAAAAUAUUUAAAUAUAAUUUCAAAAUAGGAAUGGUAAAUUUCCUUUAUUUAAUAUCAGGAAUUGGAUCACGCCAGUAUAUAAAUUGAUUAUAGUCCAAUUCUUGCAUUGGUAAUACAGGGAACAUUUCAUCCACCAUUGUACUCAUAUAUGUAUAUCUGAAAAAAAAGG